UGGUGAUCGAUGGAGGGAACAACAAUGGAGGGGAGGGUAACAGGAGGAAGGGGAGAGCAAUGGAGGUGUGGAUGACAGAGGGAAGAAAAGGGGAGUAGGGGUGCAGACUAGGGGUAGGCAGAAGACAAUUUUAGAGGUUGCUGCCCAGUGCCCCCCUAUCAUUGCACCCUAGGCAGCUGCCUCUUCUGCCUACCACUAGUUUCGGCCCUGCUCACUUCCCUUUCAAAAGAAGGGGAAAGGCUCUGUCCAUUGCAAAGCAGCCUCCAGUCACUGAGUUUGCAAUGACUAACACCUGCCAACCACUUUUUGCAUAUAUCUAUGGCAGUAAAAUCCCACAUUGCUAACCAGUAGCAUUGGGUCACAGCUUGUGUAAGGUUAAAUGGAAGCUCACCACCUUUACCAACACCUGUCUGAAUUAAAGGUAGGAUCAUUUUUAAACUGGUAGAUCAGCUUUUUUCAGGGUUGCAGAGUCAUAAGCAGAACAUAUUGGAACUCAAAAAUGAGACUUUCUAAAAAAGUAAAUUAUUCUCCUAGGCAAGUAUACUGAUUUUACAUGUUUACUGUUUUCUUACAUGUGGAGCUGAUAAUUUAAAUUUCACAAUGUUACAUUGUUCUCAAAUAUCAGGAAGGAGAACAUAAUCGGAACUGCCAAAAAUAAAUAUAUAUUGCACAGAUUGUCUAGAAAGCAGAGGAAUUAAAAGUUCCAGAGUUCAGAUAGUGUUUAGUAUUUGCAAUAACCCUGCACCUUCCAUAUGAAAUGAAGAUAAUAUGCUUUCCUGAACAUUUAUACAAACAUAAAGGAACGUUAACCCUGUACAAACAGGCAGUUUCCCCUUUAAGUUUAUGUUUUCUCAUAACAUUGUCUCUGUCUCAAAGUUCCACGAACUUCACUGAUUUCCUGUAAACUUCCUUUUCUGCCUAGUAACAACCAGCAGAUUUUUAUGAUUGCACAGAAUUUAUUUCUUGUCCAAUCAGUGCUAACCUGGAGAAACGAAACAGGUUAUCGCUCUGAGCUAUAUACAGUGUAGAAAUAACAGUACAUAAUGGCUUGUUAUAUCUCUCUAGUGUUCCUUCUGUGUUUCCCUGCCGUGUAUUCUGGCAGUCACACAUUACAUUACUAUGUAUCCAUGCUUUCAUCACCUGCCGACGGAGUGCCUCAGUAUUCAAUUGUGGUAUAUGCUGAUGGCUUGCUACUUGGACGAUAUAACAGUGACAUACGUCUUGCUCAGUUUUUCAUUCCAUCUCUGAAUGUAUUCACCGAGCACUUGGAGUUGCAGACCAAGUUUGCACAAAGAUGGCAGGUUUAUCAGGAACGCAAGAUGAUGUUUCUAAUGGGAUUCUUGAACAAAACAUCAGACAAGGGUGCCAUUCGUGUUUAUCAGAGGAAAUUUGCCUGUGAACUAGAAGAAGACGGCACCAUUGGGGGAUACCAAGAAUUUGCACUUGAUGGCAAGGAGGUAAUAACGUUCGAUAGAGAGAGGGAAGUGUUUGUGUCGGCAACACAAGAGGCUGUGAUUAUGCUGCCACAAUGGAAUCAGUAUCAUGGCAAUGCAAAAGGGAAUAAGAUGUACAUGGAAAAUGAAUGUAUUGAACAUAUGAAGCUCUACCUCCCUUUAAUAACGGCUGACUUACAGAAGAAAGAUAAGCCCAAUGUGAAGGUUUCCAGCUCAGAGUCAGACAGCGGUGUUAAACUGCACUGCUUUGUGUUUGGGUUUUACCCCCGAGAUGUGGAUGUAAUGUGGAUAAAGAAUGUAAAGCAUGAGAUUCAUUCAGAUGAGGCUUCACAGAUCCUGCCAAACCCUGAUGGCACCUAUCAGAUCAGAGUCAGUGUGGAGGUAACACCAGAGGAGGGCGCCACUUACUCCUGCCGUGUGGAUCACAGCAGUUUGGAGAAGACAAUGGUUGUGCCCUUUGAAAGAGAAUCCAAACAAAAAAUUACAUUCAUUCUAAUUGGUGUUGCUCUGGCCGUUCUCCUUGCUCUCAGCCUGGGAUUUUAUAUACAAAGAAAAAUGAAAGGAUUUAAAGGUAGCCGGCAGAGUGUGAGCACAGAGGAACAAGAUUAAAAUCAAAGUAUACCGGAAGAGAUGUUUCAGUUCCCAAUAAUGUGACUCAUGUCUUUACCCUAGCAUUGAAACUUUGUUGCGUGCAGCUGGUCAUCAGGUUCAGCACGUCCCAUUGGCUGACUGCACUGCUGAUGCAAAGUCAAGGAGUGGUGGUGCUACAAAUGUGUUAGACAAUAAGAAGAGUGCAGGAAGGAGUUCAGUGAAGGAGAACUUCUUUUUUUUAAUUGGCUGCUAACCUUGACCCUACCAUGUGCAUGUCUUUCUGAAAUGUGCAUUGGCAAACCAUGUAAUAGUAUUCAUUCCAGUGGACAAAAAUUGUGCUUGUGAUCUAUAGUGGUGGGAUAUGGUGAGUACUAAGCUCACGUAAAAACUAGCUAUCAGCACUAUCACAAUGGCGAUCUUCACUGGUAUGGUGGGUCUCAGUGAACUUCUAGACAACACCGCAAAAAGAUUUCUUCUUGAAAAGGUUAUUUUGUGGGUUGGUAUGGUCCGCAGAGCCUAUCAUUAAGCAAGCAUAUACUCUAUGGGAAACUCAGGAGAUCAGGGUCUAUAUUGACCCUUAUGACAGUCAGAAGGACCCUGUCUCAACAGCUCACAAUAUCCCUAUGUUUUACCCUUUUCACCCACACAGUAGACUAACAGUGCAAUUGAAGGGAUGCUUUACAUGGAAUUAAUUUUUUGCAUGUUUUUUUAACAUGCCCAUGUGGACUAGUCUAAAUUGGCAAAGCUAUAAAGAUGUGAAAGCUCAUGUCUCAUAACACAGGCCUUCCACCAUCCUUAUUAACUAGAAAUUCUUGGUUCAUGAACACUGUAGGGUCACCGGACUAGCCACACAUAGAUAGUUGUAAAAUACUAUACAUGAGAACUGUUAACUGAAAAUAAAAUUGUAGGUGUAUAGCUAAAAAGUAUUGCACCCUUCAUGGAUUCAUUAAUGAAGUGAUUCCCAACCAGUGGCUCACAAGCAACAUGUUGCUCCCAGUGGCCCCAAAGCAGUUGCUUAUUUUUUAAAUUCCUGGCAUGGAAUCUGGUUGCAUGAAAUCAAACACUCCUAUAUGUCAAAGACUCCUAUAUGCUGCCAGUCCACAUAGGGACUGCCAAUAGCCAAUCACAAUCCCUAUUUGGCAUCCUUUUUCAUAUUUGUGUUGCUUCACAACUCUUUUAACAUUUGAAUGUGGCUCAUGGGUAAAAAAAGGUUGGGGACCCCUGCAUUAAUGAUUAUGAUUAGUAUCUUGCUGCUAACAAUCCCUAUACUUGGAAACGUUUGCAAUUUUUCAUUACAGUACCUAGUUUUUCAAUGACUGCUUUGUGAUGUACAUGGUUAUAAUUCCAUUUAUGAUGUAUAAAGGAUGUAAUAAAGUUUUUGUUAUUGUAAAA